AAAAAAAGCCACCACCAUAAAAGGAUGUCUGCAUAAUCUCUCAAGCAACAUGCCAAAGUAACCUACUUCAGUUGGGCAAACACGGACUGCUACCGCACAGAGGUCCCAACAAGUCACCGAGAGGUGUCUUUCUCUGACUGACUCAGGACAAGGGUGGGCAGUAAGCAGUCCCUCAAGAGUCUUCCCAUCAGUGAUCUACACUGUCCUAGAAGUGGGGACCCCACUGUCCUUAGGAAGGAUCGUUGCCUGGCUCUGCAGCGGAGGGGACACCUUGUUCCCAGGCUAUUUACAGCAUAAUACCCUCUAGAUCCAUCCACGUUGUUGCAAAUGAGACUUUGAACACCAAUGAUGGAUACAAAAAUGGACAACAAUUUUACUACACCCUCUGCAGCAACUCAGGAAAGUGACUGUGACCUCUAUUCACACCACAACACAGCCAGGAUACUAAUGCCUCUGCAUUACAGCAUUGUCUUCAUAAUCGGGCUUGUGGGAAAUGUGCUAGCCUUGGUUGUUAUUGUUCAAAACAGGAAAAAAAUCAACUCUACCACCCUAUAUUCAACAAAUCUGGUGAUUUCUGACAUACUUUUUACCACUGCUUUGCCUACACGGAUAGCCUACUAUGCACUGGGCUUUGACUGGAGAAUGGGUGAGGCCUUGUGUAGGAUAACUGCUCUCGUGUUUUACAUCAACACAUACGCAGGUGUGAACUUCAUGACCUGCUUGAGCAUUGACCGGUUCUUUGCUGUGGUGCACCCUCUGCGAUACAACAAGAUGAAAAGAAUUGAACAUGCAAAAGGCAUUUGCAUAUUUGUCUGGAUUGUAGUAUUCGCUCAAACACUCCCACUGCUCAUAAAACCUAUGUCAAAGCAGGAGGAAGAAAGGACUACAUGCAUGGAGUAUCCGAACUUUGAAGAAACAAAAUCUCUUCCCUGGAUUCUGCUGGGUGCGUGUUUCAUAGGAUACGUGCUCCCUCUCCUAGUCAUUCUCAUCUGCUAUUCUCAAAUCUGUUGCAAACUCUUUAAAACUGCCAAACAAAACCCACUGACUGAGAAAUCUGGUGUAAACAAAAAGGCUCUCAACACAAUUAUUUUUAUAAUUGUUGUGUUUGUUCUCUGUUUCACACCUUACCAUGUUGCAAUUAUUCAACACAUGAUUAAGAAGCUUCAGUCUCCUGAUUUACUGGAAUGUAGCCAAAGACAUUCGUUCCAGAUUUCUCUGCACUUUACGGUAUGUCUGAUGAACUUCAAUUGCUGCAUGGACCCUUUCAUAUAUUUCUUUGCAUGUAAAGGGUACAAGAGAAAGGUUAUGAAGAUGUUGAAGCGUCAGGUCAGUGUAUCAAUUUCCAGUGCCGUGAAGUCAGCCCCUGAAGAAAACUCCCGUGAAAUGACAGAAACUCAAACAAUGAUACAUUCCAAGUCUUUAAAUGGAAAGUAAAAACGAAUUAAAUCUUGAGUUUAUAGCAAAGAGACCACAUGAUGAACUUUGGUGGACUUUUCUUAUAAAGCAAAACGAUUGUUCAACUUCCAAUUAGGAUUCUUGUAAAUUCCUUUCAUGGGGCAUGAGCUCCCCAAAUUGGAAGUAAACUGGUAUAUAUUAUUUUUUAUACUCAAGAAAACAACAUAAAGCAAAGUUCUAAUGUGUAAAUAAAAUACUAUACCAAAAGGGAGGUUAUUUUAAUAUCUCUCAGUAUAAAAAGCUUUUUAUGUUAAUGACAAAUUUAAACAUCAGUAUUUCCUACCAAUAAUUUGGCAAAAGAAAAAAAGACUGUGGGAAUGUAUAUUGCCAGUGUAAAAAUGUCAAUAUUGUAACAUGUUUCUUUUUGUUAACAUAUUUCUUUGACCCACACUUCUUUCAAUCUUAGACUUUAAUCUCCUUGAUAAUAUCAGCAUUUUCUUUUCUUUUGUUCUGAGUCAUAAAAUUUUGUUUCAAAGAACUCUUUUGGAAUAAAGAGCAGGAUGCUACAAAAUUAAGAGUGUGUCUUUCAAUGCUUACUUAAGGAGAGAAUAGAACUAGCAGUGGAUAGAUUUGGAUGGCAACAUUAUAAUGAUGGUGACUGAGGCAGAUGAGAGCACUGAGCUCUCUUCCCAAGCAGCCAGUAGCUAAGGGUCCACAGCUCAGGAAUAUGACAAAGAUUUUAUGUGGAGGUACACACUGAGAGGAGUGUCCACUUGCUGAAUUCUGGUUGGGAAUAAAAAAACUUGCAAAUAUGCUUGGGUUUAGGGGAUCAUUCCUCUUUUAUUCAUAGGUUGGUAGUUCCCUCCUCUGCAUUUCAAUGGUCUGGGUUACCAGAAAGGGUAAGGAUGAGCAGCAGGAGGUAUAGCUACUGCUUGCCUAAAUAAGAUAGGGGGAAAUGCAAAAUUAUAAACUUGAAGAGCUCCCAGGACUCUUUACAACCUUAUACAUUUGCUCACAUAAACACCUGAGCAUGAGUAGCAUGACCUUUGCAAGUGCAGUCACCCUGUCUGCCGGCUCAAAUUUGUUUUACUGAAUCCUCAAGUUGCCCCAAUGCAGUAUUUAUGUUAGUAACGGUACCAAUUUUGAUAAUGGAACAUACAGAAAUUAAAUGCUACAUCAUAAGUCAUGCUUAAAAUUUUUCUUAGGCUUUAUAUCCUGGAAAUCUUUUCUUUUGAAUUCUUAUCUUACUCAUUUUCAACUUUGAUCCAGUAAGAAAAUUUAUCUCUAUGGUUACACCAUUUACUGAGUACUUUCGGAUUUGUAUUAUGUGAAUUUCACAAAGAGCUGCUGACCUUGAAGCCUCUGACUAAAAGAAGGCACUGAUCUUUGUAACAGCUGAUGGAGACAGGUGAGACAACAUGGAUGGAAGUCAGGAUGUGAGGGCCUUUUCCUCACUCCACACAUAAACCUCCAAACGUGAAGUGUAAGAAAGAGCAGAAGACUACAUGUUAUGCAAGGUGGCACUUCCACGGUCAUUUGCAUUGGAUCCCAAAACAAUUAUGAAAGCAACUGAAGGAAAACCUGAAACAAAGCCUCCUUAACUUCAGAGCGUCUGUAUGGUGCACAAAUUCUGUGACAACAUUUGAGCACAGACCAGCUUAUGUAUGAGCCGACGGGCGGCUUUGCAGCAGAUGAGAAAGUCCUCUCUGUGCUGAGGAUCUUAAGAUCCUUCAAACAAGGAAGUAAACAUCUAUGUCACUCAGCCAAGAAAUACCACACUCUUUUAUCUGUUUAGUUUUCUGCUUCCUGCCUCAAAUAUACCGCAAAUCCAUAUAAAUGAUUUUCCCCAAUCAGUAGUCAUAUUGCCAAAAAGGUAAACUUUAAACCUAUCUCCAACUAAUCUUAAAAAAAAAAAAAAAAAAAAAAAAAAAGCUGGUACUCAGGCAAAUUCAACUAUU